CAGGCUGACAUAUGGAACUGCCUUCAUCUUCUGAGGGAACCACUGUGGGAAAGCAUAAAGGCUUCCCCACAGGCAUGGCAGAUGGACAAGUCAUAUUUCCACAAUAAUGCUGAGUUGAAAGGCACCAUCAAUCUGUCACCUGCAUGGUUUCAACAGGGUCAUGGGGUGGAAGCCUCACAGCUGCUCAUAUCCAGGACAGAAAACACUUCUACAAGGGAGUGGGUUGACCAAAUGUCUGACACCAAUGCCCUGUUAUCUGCAAUCCUGCAUGUCAUCCAUCCACAAAUGUAUGCAGAUGGCAGGGAAGUGUUGAUCCACCUUGGCAAACAGGUGGAACAGCAGGUGGAUUCGGAUAUGAGCUCCAUACUGCCAAUAUGGAGCUCCACAUAUAGCAGCAUGUCUGUGAUGGUGAAUUGGGCAACUUGUUACCACAGGGAUAUCAAUGGAUGGGAUCCAUGGUAUGACAUGCUGGUAACUGUGGGUGAC